AAUCGAAACCAACACUAGCGCAGCAACAGCAGGAACAGGAGGACAAAGGAAAGCCAGAGUAUCAAACAUGGACGAGAAGGUGGUCAUGCAUCGAGAGCAGCUGGUUAGCAAGUGCCGAGACUACAUCAACAUGAUCUGUGAAAAAUGUGGCCGCAAAGGACUUGGCAGAAGACCCUUAAAUAUAGCCAUCGUGGGGGCACAGGGUUGUGGAAAGUCGUCCUUUAUCAACAGUCUGGCUGCAAGUCUGUCCCAGGACACUUGGAUCGAGUAUGCCAUGACUGGCUACCGUGAUGGCGUCAAUCCAGUCACUAAUUAUAUUUCCCAGUACCCAGAAUGCUGCAACGGCGACCGCCAGAUGUACAAGACAGUUCUGUUGCCUACCCUCAUUGACAUACCCGGGCCGAUAGAUAAUGAUGUGGAUCACAGGAGAAAGAAAUUUCUUCAACUUCUUUUUUAUGGCCAUGUAAAGAAUUCAGCCGCCGCCACCCAGGUGUACGCAGACUGCGACAGACGCUGGAACGACCUCCUGGAGAAGUACUUCAUGGUAUACAGCGACAUGAAGGUAGACCGGGUCAUCUUUGUGGCCUCAGCAGCCAAUGAGAGACUCCCUCACAGUCUGAUGAAGUGUGUCAUGGACGCCGCCAGACCUCCACCCCACUUUCGGGGUCUCAAACGCCAAAUUCCUGUCUACGGAGUGCUUACGUCUCUUGACAAAGUCAACUAUACGAACAGAGAACAGUUUGAGACAAACAGGGAGGAGUUCAUGAAAGCCCUGGGGCUGCACGAGGGUCGACUCCUGUGUUGUAGCAACUACUGUGACCUCACUGACCCCCACAAAGAGAGAUUUAGAAACAUUCUUCCCUCACUUGACCUGCCGAUCCUCGAGUUUUUUGUGCAGGUGUGUGAACGCAAGGUACACACCGUACACGACGAUGACAAGAUGGUGGACUUGCCUACGCAGUUUCGUGGUGUCUGGCGGAAGUUGGGGUCCACCUGGCAGCCAGUAGUUUUCUCCCUUGCUUUAGCUAUCUUUGCUUUCAUCCUGAUGUAUAUAGUGCACGCAGCAUUCUUCACCUCCGAGCAGGACAUGCUACAGGAGCGAGGUGAUAACGAUGACCAAAAUAUCCGUACCCUAAGUAAGGUGCUACAGUCAACCUCUUCUUUCCGUAUCGCCAUAGUCACUGCAUUGGUCACCUUCGUCAUUGCAAUGCGCUGUCACUUUGAUUAA